AUGGUUCCGUUCGAUAUAAGUCCAGUGACGCCUCUUCCCGAGCCUGAAAUAUUCGUCGACGUCGCUAUAGCGGGGGCUGGCCUUGGCGGUCUCGCGCUGGCAGUCGGCCUGCAGGAGCGAGGCUUUGAGUCGGUCAUGCUCUUCGAGGCCGUGCCUUACUCCCGCUCCCAAACCGGCACGAUUUUCGCAAUGUUUCCCAACGGCGCCAAGGCGCUCGAAGGGUUAAAGCCGGGGCGACGCUGUGAUUGGCUGCGGUGCAAUGGUCAGAAAAGAGUCUCGGUUGCGGAAAGGCCUGGUGGAUCGGAAAGCAGCAAUGAUAGUUCUGGAGAGGGGGACGUGGAAGCGGUUGAUGUGGUGUUUGAGGUUGUGGGUUCGACUCCCGAAACUGACAAAACAAAUUCCACCUGUUCCGUUUCAGGAGGAGGUGAAACCCCCAAGAAGUCAGGAGGAGCGAUGGAGCAGUACCAGCGUCAGCUGGUGGUGGUUCGUGCGAAGAUUCUGGUCGCAGCGGAUGGCGUGCGAUCAGCUGUGCGAAAUCAGAUGAUUGGAGACUCGCCACGGUAUCUGGAGCAGAUUGGUUGGAACGCACUUGUGCCGAAUCCGCCGAGUGCGAGAGUGUACCCACAAGAACACGAGGAGUUACUUUUUUAUAUGGAUGAGGUUAUGGGUUACCAAAUGUAUCUGAUUGAUAUCGGCCACGGGAAGACCUUUUGGCAAGUUCGUGUUCUUGACCCUGAUAGCAAGCUGAAGUCCGAGCUCAAACUCACACCCUUCGGGGGAUUCGGGAAACCAGGAGUCAAUGACCGUUUGAUGUGCCACGUCAGCAAGAACAUUGCAGACCCAUCAGGCCAUGACAUCUGGCAUACCGUGCUUCAGGCGGUUACCGUCACCGACCCCGGUAACAUCUACGAGCGGUAUAUGGUGGACCGGCCUCCUCCGAAGGAUUCUUGGAGUGACCCCAAGUGUGGUAACAGGGUUGUUCUUAUGGGGGAUGCUGCACAUGCCAUGCACACUGGCCCAGGGCAAGGGGCUCAGAUGGCAUUCGAAGAUGCACACCAGCUGUCCAUGUGCCUUGCUGACGUCAAGGAUGUGUUUGACGAGCCUGCUGCAGUGGCUGCUGCGGUUCGGGAGUACGAGGCUCGACGGAUCGACAGGUGUGUGAGAGUGCAUGCAUACGCCACUGGGUCACAUGGGUUCGGAGAGGAGGGGAAACUUGUGAAGGCGCUUUCUCCGCCAGAGAAAAUGAAGAGGUUUAUGGAGUUUAGGAGUUGGGUCCAUGCGUACCCAGACAAGAUCAAAGGUGACCCUGAAUCCACCUACUUUAAAUGA